CUAGAGGCUACCUUUCACGAUAAAUUUUUAUUAAACUGUAACCAUAGAAACGUUACCGCCAUGACCAAAUAAACAUGGCGAAGGCCAAUUGAUUUGUUGUAAACAACAUUAAGCUAUAACUCAAAUCAUUGGGUAAUAAUGGGAAACAUUUACUUAAAAUGAUAAUAUAAUUAUAUUAUUAGCUAAUCAUGGAUAAGACGGUUAGUGCAGAAAAAAGAGGAUCUUUACAUGAUCUAUUAGCAACUGUUGUUGAAGUUCAUAAGAAAGAUAUUAAUGAUUAUACGUGGGGUCAUCUAAAUGAAGCUAAUUUACCUAAAAUAGGGUGGAAGUCAAGUCAUGUUGAAUGGCAUGGCUCAAAAACACCAAGAAGCCGACCUCUCAAAAGUCGACAAACUAUUACUCCAAUUCAACCGAGAAAGCCAAAAACAACGGAUGAAAUGAAAGAUUCCGUUAUGGCUUUUAGUGUUGGUACAAACGGAGCUCUAAGUCUUAAAAAAGACAAAGAAACUCUAGCUUCAAAUUCGGCAACUAAAGGAAAGGUUCUAGUCGAGGAAUUGCCCUCUAGACUAAUACAUCAUUGUAUUCCAUCAGUGGAUGGUAUAGCUUUCACAAAAAAGGAACAAUACGAUCAACUACGUAGUUUCGAAGAAAAUGUCCUUAAAAAGAGCCAACUGCUAGAAAAGAAAAUUCUUAGCGGCGUAGCUACAGUCGAACCUCAUGAACAUAACCUUCAGUUAGAAUUGAAAGAAUUGAACGAAAUUGGUGCUGGCGCUGGAACAAAUCUAAUUAAACUGCAAACAUAUGCUAAUACUUUUCACGAUCUUGCUGAAGAUGCUAAUAUAUUUGGUCAUCUAUUUAGGACAAUAAAGGAAGAAUACGAUAGUUAUUUGCAAUGGUUGUUAGAGACUCAUACUACUCGAAUUCCAAUUCUACAACAACAAAUGAGAAAUUUAGAAGAAAGGGAAACUUCAAGACCAAGUCGUUUAAAAGAAGAAGAAGAUCGAGUGAAAAAUCUUGAAGACAAAGCCGAAAAAAUACUGGAAGAAAACGAAAAUCUCAGAGCAGAACUUCGAAAAGAAGAAUUACUGUUAUGCCAAUUGGAAAACACUGAACCUGUCAAGGCAACAACGAAAUUCAUCCCUAAGACCUCAUCGGAACAAGUUGAAUCGCUUAGGGUCUCUAUAUGGGAAAAAAUAGAUGAUAUAGAAAAUAUUCGCAAAGAUCUCAAUUCGAAUUACGUUCCAAUAUCAGUUUGUACCUAUUUGGAACAGUGUUUGAAAGAUACGGAAGUCUGUAUAAUAGUUAAUUUCAUAAUCGCUUAAAUAAUCCCUCUUAAUCUUUAGGUAAACAUUCAAAAAUUGUCUGGUGAACGAGAUUACUUUGUGAGAAAUGUCACUGAAUUAGAGAUGGAGCUUCAAAACGCAAUAAGCAUGGCGGAUACAACUGAAAAGGACGCAAAGAGAGUCUGGAGGAAAAUAAGGGCUGUUAAGGCUUUAAUGAGUGCAAGCGGUACAAUGAUUGUUGAAGAUAUGACGGAAGAGGAGGAAGACGAAUGCAAAUGGAACUGGUACAUUUCCUAAUUAACUAAUUUACAUAAUUGUUUUUAUAAAUAAAUAUACAAACAUAUAUUGAUACU